ACUGACAGCCAGGGGGCCGCGGAGGGCAAGGAGAACGGGGCUGGGAAGCACUUCCUCGGCCAGGCUGGGGACGACGAGGAGGAGGAGGAGAGCUCCAUCUGCACCAAGAGGAAGAUGCUCGUCGGUCUGGAUGUAAUAUGUCUGUGUGUCGCCUCCAUCCCAUUCUUUGCGUGCGAGCUGAAGGCGGUGACGCCGUACAGACGGGGAUUCUUCUGCGGGGACGCCAGCAUCACGUAUCCCUACGUGGAGAGGGAGGCUAUCCCGGACGGCCUGCUCAUCGCCGGGGGGAUCGCCAUCACCGGCCUCACGAUCGCACUGGGCGAGUGUUACCGGGUGCGUUUCCGAGGCGUGCGUUCACGGGCGUUCGUGCCCAACCGCUACGUGUCGUGUUUGUACAAGGAGCUGGGCAGCUUCCUGUUCGGCUGCUGCGUGGGCCAAUCGCUCACCAACAUGGCCAAGCUCAGCGUGGGACGCCUGCGGCCCAACUUCCUGUCGGUGUGCAACAUCACCUAUGCCUCCCUGGGCUGCACGCCGGGCAGCUACGUGUCCCAGGUCACCUGCCGGCAGCCCAGCCAGAAGAUGGUGGAGGAGGCCAGGAAGUCCUUCUUUUCCGGCCACGCCUCCUUCGCCAUGUACACCAUGCUCUAUCUAGCGUUCUACCUGCAGGCCCGCCUGUCUUGGCGAGGGGCCCGGCUGCUGCGGCCCCUGGUCCAGUUCAUCCUGGUGAUGAUCGCCAUCUACACCGGCCUCAGCCGCAUCUCCGACUACCGCCACCACCCCACCGACGUCCUCACGGGCUUCCUGCAGGGCGGCCUCACCGCAUACUGGGUGGCCUUCUACAUCUCCUCCAUGUUCAAGCCCGGCACCCGUCCACACCUGACCCCCACCAGCAUGUCCCUGGAGAGUCCUCUGUCCAGCCAGCAGACUGUUUGUUAGCCCGGGGACUCCCAAGACCACGGACACCACCCACGUCCAAGUCUCCCCAGACCACGGACACCACACACGUCCAAGUCUCCCCAGACCACGGACACUACCCACGUCCAAGUCUCCCAAGACCACGGACACCACUCACGUCAAAGUCUCCCAAGACCACGGACACCACUCACGUCAAAGUCUCCCCAGACCACGGACACCACUCACGUCCAAGUCUCCCAAGACCACGGACAGCACCCACAUCCAAGCCUCCCAAGACCACGGACACCACCCACGUCCAAGUCUCCCCAGACCACGGACACCACCCACGUCCAAGUCUCCCCAGACCACGGACACCACUCACGUCAAAGUCUCCCAAGACCACGGACACCACUCACGUCAAAGUCUCCCAAGACCACGGACAGCACCCACGUCCAAGCCUCCCAAGACCACGGACACCACUCACGUCCAAGUCUCCCCAGACCACGGACACCACUCACGUCCAAGUCUCCCAAGACCACGGACAGCACCCACAUCCAAGCCUCCCAAGACCACGGACACCACCCACGUCCAAGUCUCCCCAGACCACGGACAGCACCCAAGUCCAAGUCUCCCCAGACCACGGACACCACUCACGUCAAAGUCUCCCAAGACCACGGACACCACCCACGUCCAAGUCUCCCCAGACCACGGACACCACUCACGUCCAAGCCUCCCAAGACCACGGACACCACUCACGUCCAAGUCUCCCCAGACCACGGACACCACUCACGUCCAAGUCUCCCCAGACCACGGACAGCACCCACGUCCAGGUCUCCCCAGACCACGGACAGCACCCACGUCCAAGUCUCCAUGCUCGCCACCCGGAGACCUUUAUGGAAUUUUUUUUGUUUCCACCAGAAAGGGAAUAGUUCCCAGGAGACGACGGAGUACUAUCUAGCACACAAUCAGUGGAAACACGAGAAGCACAUUUGACCUGAAAAGUGGAAGCCGUCCAGUGAUAUUAUAUUAUAGAUUCUUUUUAAUGAAAUAUGUAAAAAUGUUGAAAAAAAAAAACAAAGUAUAUUUUCCAGAUGAUUAUUAGAUGCUGCUAAUAUUGAUAGUUAAACACCUUUUGUUUUUGUCUGCGGUGGAGAGUCCAGUCUGCCGUCCAAGCCUGACCUUGGCUUAUAAAAGCUUCCGUACAGUCCUGGUCAAAAGUGGACACACAACAUGGCUGUCUUCACUUUCCACUCAUUUCUACAACUUUUAUUUUCUUGUCAUAGACUGAUUGGAGCACAUACUUUGGCUAAAUGUGUUGGGUUUUCUGACAUGGACUUGUUUCUUCAGCAUUGUCCACACGUUUACAUCAGCACUGUUAUGGGGUUGGAGGCAGGGAGUUGUGACGGCACAGUCCUACAAGGGGGAGGCCAUACUAAAACCUUCCUUCUAGCCUGAUUUAACCAUUCCUUCACCACUUUUGACGUGUGUUUGGGGUCCUUGUCCUGUUGGAACACCAAACUGCGCCCAAGACCCUGACGAUUUUGCUUGUCCUGAACACUUUUCCAUUGUCCCAUUUCCUCUCUGUAAAGCAGCAGUCCCAUUGGCAGCAAAACAGGCCCAGAGCAUAAUACUACCACCACCAUGCUUGGCGGUAGGUCUGAUGUUCCUGGGAUUAAAGGCCUCACCUUUUCUCCGCCAAACAGCUCCAUUUUUGUGUCAUCUGACCACAGAACUUUCCUCCAGAAGGUCUUAUCUUUUUCCAUGUGGUGUCAGAUGACACAAACAUGGAGCUGUUGGGCCACAAUACCCAGCAAUAUGUUUGAAGGAGAAAAGGUGAGGUCUUUAAUCCCAGGAACACCAUUCCUACCGCCAAGCAUGGUGGUAGUGUUAUGCUCUGGGCCUGUAUUGGAAACUCAAGACAGCCAUGACAUUUUGUUCUCUACAAGUCUAUGUCCACUUUUGACCGUGUAGAUGACACCAGGCCAAAAUCCUGCCCAAAGCAUAUUGUUACUUUAAUCCCAGGAACACCAUUCCUACCGCCAAGCAUGGUGGUGCUAGUAUUAUGCUCCAAGCCCAUUUUAGAAAGUCAAGACAGCCAUGACCUGAUGUUCUCUACAAGUCUAUGUCCACUUUUGACCAUAUCGAUGACACCGGGCCACAAAACCUGCCCGAUGCACCACCGCGCUAGUGACUCCGCCUCCCACCGCAAUAACACCGACUAAAAAACAACAACAUAUACUGUCUUUUAUAUCUCUUUCCGUACUAACCACUGUGAUGGCGUCUCAGGGGCGGAGGUUUGACUGAAUUUUUUUUGUAACUCUCGCCACCCAGACGCCGACCUCUGAGCUGCACCUGGUCUGAGUCUUUAACUAGUAGCACUUCUUACCUUACGGAACCUUCCAGUUAUAAUCCACAGUGUCUAUUUGAGCACCAGUUGGAAAGAAAAACGGACUAACCGGUGUUUAUUUUGUGUCCGGUCCAUCGUGUUUAGGAGCAGUCGUCCUGAAAAGAGGAAAAUGCACAAAAAUGUUGAAAUAUUAUGAGAAUAAAGUUGUAAGGAUUCAAAAAAAUAUAUAUAAAAUAUACUUAAAAUUUCCACAAGGGUUUUUACCAAAUAUUUCAUGGUAAUGCCUGAUAAAAAUAUAUUUAAAUAUAGUGUCAUUAUUUGAUUUUAAUUCAAUAAAAUUGCUACCAUGAGACUAAAGUCGGAAUAACUAUCUCAAUGGAUUGAGAAUAAUUUUAUAAAAUUUAGCAGGAAACAAUUGUAAUAUAUAUAUAAAAAAUAAAAAAACCCACUAUAUUCUAUUUGUUUUUUCUUAAAUCAUUUAUUCAGAAGCAAACACAAGUUAAGUAGAAUUAUCUGAUAGAAAUCCAAAUAGAGAGGAGCUCUUCUACUCUUCUAUAUAAGAGUUUAGACUAAUUAGGACUUAAGUCUGGUAAAUAACUUUUAAACAAUUUGUGUGAAUAUGACUUCACUUCUGAGCUUAAAUGAGGAAAAAGACAAGAAAAAUCCACAAAAAUGUUGAAAUAUGAGAAUAAAAUUGUAAGACUUUUUUUUUAAAUAUAAAAUAUACUUAAAAUUUACAGAAGGGUUUUUACCAAAUAUUUCAUGGUAAUAUCUGAUAAAGAUAUCUUUGAAUAUAGUGUAUUUUAUUUGAUAUUAAUUCAGUAAAAUUUCUACCAUGAGAAUAAAGACAGAAUAACCAUCUUAAAAGAUUGAGAAUACAAUUUUAAAUUUAGCAGGAAACAAUUGUGAAAUAAAAAAAAAAAACAUUUUAAAAUAAAAAAUGUUUUGUUUUUUAGAAUCAUUUAUUUAAAAGUGUUUUGAACACAUGUUAAAUAGAAUUAUCUGAACAAUGCACGGCAGGUCUAAAUAGAGAGGAGCUCCUCUAGAAAGGAGUUUAGACUAAUUAGGACUUAAGUCUGGUAGAUGACAACUUUUAUAAAAUUUUUGUGAAUAUUAUGACUUCACUUCUGAGCUUAAAUGAGGAAAAAGACAAACAAGAAAAAUGCACAAAAAUGUUGAAAUAUGAGAAUAAAAUUGUAAGACUUUUUUUUUUUUAAUAUAAAAUAUACUUAAAAUUUACAGAAAGGUUUUUACCAAAUAUUUCAUGGUAAUACCUGAUAAAAAUAUCUUUGAAUAUAGUGUCUUUAUAUGAUAUUAAUUCAGUAAAAUUCAGAAUAAAGACAGAAUAACCAUCUUAAAAGAUUGAGAAUACAAUUUUAAAUUUAGCAGGAAACAAUUGUGGAAUAAAAAAACAAAACAUUUUAAAAUACAUUUUCCAUUUUCUAUUUGUUUUUUAGAAUCAUUUAUUUAAAAGUGUUUUGAACACAUGUUAAAUAGAAUUAUCUGAACAAUGCACGGCAGGUCUAAAUAGAGAGGAGCUCCUCUAGAAAGGACUUUAGACUAAUUAGGACUUAAGUCUGGUAAAUGACAACUUUUAUACAACUUGUGUGAAUAUUAUGACUUCACUUCUGAGCUUAAAUGAGGAAAAAGACAAACAAGAAAAAUGCACAAAAAUGUUGAAAUAUGAGAAUAAAAUUGUAAUACUUUUUUUUUUUAAUAUAAAAUAUACUUAAAAUUUACAGAAGGGUUUUUACCAAAUAUUUCAUGGUAAUACCUGAUAAAGAUAUCUUUGAAUAUAGUGCAUUUAUUUGAUAUUAAUUCCGUAAAAUUGCUACCAUGAGAAUAAAGACAGAAUAACCAUCUUAAAAGAUUGAGAAUACAAUUUUAAAUUUAGCAGGAAACAAUUGUGGAAUAAAAAAACAAAACAUUUUAAAAUACAUUUUCCAUUUUUUUGAAUCAUUUAUUUAAAAGUGUUUUGAACACAUGUUAAAUAGAAUUAUCUGAACAAUGCACGGCAGGUCUAAAUAGAGAGGAGCUCCUCUAGAAAGGACUUUAGACUAAUUAGGACUUAAGUCUGGUAAAUGACAACUUUUAAACAAUUUGUGUGAAUAUUAUGACUUCACUUCUGAAUUUAAAUGAGGAAAAAGACAACAAAAAUGCACAGAAAUGUUGAAAUAUGAGAAUAAAAUUGUAAGACUUUUUUUUUUUAAAUAUAAAAUAUACUUAAAAUUUACAGAAGGGUUUUUACCAAAUAUUUCAUGGUAAUACCUGAUAAAAAUAUCUUUGAAUAUAGUGUCUUUAUUUGAUAUUAAUUCAGUAAAAUUGCUACCAUGAGAAUAAAGUCAGAAUAACCAUUUUAAAAUAUUGAGAAUACAAUUUUAAAUUUAGCAGGAAACAAUUGUGGAAUAAAAAAAACAAAACAUUUUAAAAUACAUUUUUGUUUUGUUUUUUAGAAUCAUUUAUUUAAAAGUGUUUUGAACACAUGUCAAAUAGAAUUAUCUGAACAAUCCACGGCAGGUCUAAAUAGAGAGGAGCUCCUCUAGAAAGGAGUUUAGACUAAUUAGGACUUAAGUCUGGUAAAUGACAACUUUUAUACAACUUGUGUGAAUAUUAUGACUUCACUUCUGAGCUUAAAUGAGGAAAAAGACAAACAAGAAAAAUGCACAAAAAUGUUGAAAUAUGAGAAUAAAAUUGUAAGACUUUUUUUUUUUUAAAUAUAAAAUAUACUUAAAAUUUACAGAAGGGUUUUUACCAAAUAUUUCAUGGUAAUACCUGAUAAAAAUAUAUUUGAAUAUAGUGUCUUUAUUUGAUAUUAAUUCAGUAAAAUUGCUACCAUGAGAACAAAGACAGAAUAACCAUCUUAAAAGAUUGGGAAUACAAUUUUAAAUUUAGCAGGAAACAAUUGUGAAAUAAAAAAAAAAACAUUUUAAAAUAAAAAUGUUUUUGUUUUUUAGAAUCAUUUAUUUAAAAGUGUUUUGAACACAUGUUAAAUAGAAUUAUCUAAUCAAUGCACGGCAGGUCUAAAUAGAGAGGAGCUCCUCUAGAAAUGACUUUAGACUAAUUAGGACUUAAGUCUGGUAGAUGACAACUUUUAUACAAUUUGUGUGAAUAUUAUGACUUCACUUCUGAGCUUAAAUGAGGAAAAAGACAAACAAGAAAAAUGCACAAAAAUGUUGAAAUAUGAGAAUAAAAUUGUAAGACUUUUUUUUUUUUUAAUAUAAAAUAUACUUAAAAUUUACAGAAGGGUUUUUACCAAAUAUUUGAUGGUAAUACCUGAUAAAAAUAUAUUUGAAUAUAGUGUCUUUAUUUGAUAUUAAUUCAGUAAAAUUGCUACCAUGAGAAUAAAGACAGAAUAACCAUCUUAAAAGAGUGAGAAUACAAUUUUAAAUUUAGCAGGAAACAAUUGUGGAAUAAAAAAAAAAAAACAUUUUAAAAUACAUUUUUGUUUUGUUUUUUAGAAUCAUUUAUUUAAAAGUGUUUUGAACACAUGUUAAAUAGAAUUAUCUGAACAAUGCAAGGCAGGUCUAAAUAGAGAGGAGCUCCUCUAGAAAGGACUUUAGACUAAUUAGGACUUAAGUCUGGUAAAUGACAACUUUUAAACAAUUUGUGUGAAUAUUAUGACUUCACUUCUGAGCUUAAAUGAGGAAAAAGACAAACAAGAAAAAUGCACAAAAAUGUUGAAAUAUGAGAAUAAAAUUGUAAGACUUUUUUUUUUUUAAAUAUAAAAUAUACUUAAAAUUUACAGAAGGGUUUUUACCAAAUAUUUCAUGGUAAUACUUGAUAAAAAUAUCUUUGAAUAUAGUGUGAUUAUUUGAUAUUAAUUCAGUAAAAUUGCUACCAUGGGAAUAAAGACAGAAUACAAUUUUAAAUUUAGCAGGAAACAAUUGUGAUAUAAAAAAAAAAACAUUUUAAAAUACAUUUUCCAUUUUUUAUUUGUUUUUUAGAAUAAUUUAUUUAAAAGUGUUUUGAACACAUGUUAAAUAGAAUUAUCUAAUCAAUGCACGGCAGGUCUAAAUAGAGAGGAGCUCCUCUAGAAAGGACUUUAGACUAAUUAGGACUUAAGUCUGGUAAAUGACAACUUUUAUACAACUUGUGUGAAUAUUAUGACUUCACUUCUGAGCUUAAAUGAGGAAAAAGACAAACAAGAAAAAUGCACAAAAAUGUUGAAAUAUGAGAAUAAAAUUGUAAGACUUUUUUUUUUUAAAUAUAAAAUAUACUUAAAAUUUACAGAAAGUUUUUUACCAAAUAUUUCAUGGUAAUACCUGAUAAAAAAAUAUAUUUGAAUAUAGUGCAUUUAUUUGAUAUUAAUUCAGUAAAAUUCAGAAUAAAGACAGAAUAACCAUCUUAAAAGAUUGAGAAUACAAUUUUAAAUUUAGCAGGAAUUAAUUCUGAUAUAAAAAACAAAAACAUUUUAAAAUACAUUUUCCAUUUUUUAUUUGUUUUUUAGAAUCAUUUAUUUAAAAGUGUUUUGAACACAUAUUAAAUAGAAUUAUCUGAACAAUGCACGGCAGGUUUAAAUAGAGAGGAGCUCCUCUAGAAAGGACUUUAGACUAAUUAGGACUUAAGUCUGGUAAAUGACAACUUUUAUACAACUUGUGUGAAUAUUAUGACUUCACUUCUGAGCUUAAAAGAGGAUAAAGACAAACAAGAAAAAUGCACAAAAAUGUUAAAAUAUUAUGAGAAUAAAGUUAUAUAUAUACUUGAAAUUUACAUAAGGGUUUUUACCAUUUAUUUCAUGGUAAUACCUGAUAAAAAUAUAUUUGGAAUAUAAUGUCUUUAUUUGAUAUUAACUCAGUAAAAUUGCUACCAUGAGAAUAAAGACAGAAUAUCCAUCUUAAAGGAUUGAAAACACAUUUUAAAAUUUAGCAGGAAUCAAUUGCAAUAUUUAAAAAAAACACUUUUAAACCAACAAUCCAUAUUAAUAUUUUUUUUUAAAUAAUUUAUUCAGAAGUGAACACAUGUUGAAUAGAAUAAUCUGAUUAAUAAAUGAACAGUGUGUUUAGAAAUAGACUAAUUAAGACUUUAGUUUGGUAAAUGACAACUUUUAUACAACUUCUGAACUUAAAUGAGAAUAAAGACAAACAAUAAAGAUGCCCAAAAAUGUUGAAAUAUGAGAAUGAAGUUGUAUGUCAUUUAAAAAAAUAUAUAAAUAUAUACUUAACAUUUUUACCAAAUGGUAAUACCUGAUAAAAUAUGUGAGUACUUUAAAGAUUUGAUAUUAAUUCAGUGGAAUGGCUCUCAUGAGAAUAAAGUGAGAAUAAUUAUCUCAAUGGAUUGAGAAUACUUUUUUAAAUUUAUCAGGAAAAAACAUUUUAAAAUCAAUGUUCUAUAUUUAAAAAAAAUAAAUAAAAUGUAAUCCUUUAUUCAGACGUGUUUUGAACAAUUGUUGAAUAAUGAUCUGAUUAAUAUACGGCAGUUUUUAGACAUAGACUAAUUACAUAACAACUUUUAUACAACUUGUGUGAAUAUUAUGACUUCACUUCUGAGCGUUUUCUUCAAUUGUCACCUUCUUCUCUGUUCAGAUUGCCUGGUCGCCAUGACGAUUGCUCCAACUGAAUGUAAAUAGCGUUUGAUCAACCACACUUUGGCCGCUGUUAUUUAGUACAAAUGCUGGCGUUGUCUGAGUGUGUGUCCUGCAGGUACGGAGUGUGUGUGUGUGUGUGUGUGUGUGUGUGUGUGUGUGUGUGUGUGUGUGUGUCCUAACCAGACUGAGCCAUGGAUUGUCAAAACUAUUGUUGUUGUUGUUGUGUUCCCACGUAUUGUUUAUUUUGUCUGUGAACGCCCGAAUGGCACAAAUAACCACUGUACUCGGAAAAAAAAAACAACCAAACCAAUAAAAUGAAUGUUGAAUGUU